CACAAAAUUUUUCUGCAUUUAUUUUUAGCACCAAACAACUACCAUAAAUGAUAAAGACAGCCUGAAAGUCUCCAUGAAAGUCUCAAAGAAUGCAGCAUAUACCAGCAUAAAACAUUUUGGUGAACUGUGAGAAUCUCCAAGCCGUUGUGUUUUCAGUGACAAGUUAGCCUAAACAUGGCAGAGUACAUAGUUUCCUUGGUACUAGAUAGAAUUGCAACCCACCUCAUUGAUGAAGCUGUUUCCUUGUCAAAAGUCAGUACACAAGUUGAAUGGAUCGAAGACGAAUUGAGGAGAAUCCAAUGCUUUCUUAAAGAUGCUGAUGCAAAGCAAGAUGGUGAUGAAAGAAUUAGAAACUGGAUAGCAGACAUUCGAGAUGUUGCUUAUGACAGUGAUGAUGUUAUUGACAUCUACAUCCUCAAAAUGGCACAACAGAGAAAAUUCAUGUGUUUUGACUACCACCCUUUUAUGUUGGGCAGGUUCAUAGCUCGCCACAAGAUCAACAGGCAGAUCAAUAAGGUCAAAACUAAAAUUCAACAAAUCAAUUACAGUAGAGGAACUUAUGGAAUUGAAAAUUUAGGGAGAGGGGGAGAAGUGACAGGUCUUGCAGUUGGUAGGCUUCGGGAGAAGAGACGAUCCUCUCCUCAUGAUUGUGAAGAGGACACUGUUGGUUUGGUGGAAGACAUAAAGAUGUUGGAGGCAAGAGUGAUCCAUGGGGAGCCGCGGCGAUCAGUAAUUUCAAUCAUUGGCAUGGCAGGCCUAGGUAAGACUACACUUUCCAAGAAGAUUUACCAUUCUAGCUUUAUCAAGAAGCAUUUUGAUUAUUGUGCCUGGGUUUAUGUUUCUCAAGAAUAUAGAGUCAAGGAGAUCUUGCAAUAUUUAGGCAAAACAAUAUUGGAGCUUGGAAAAGCAGACUUUGACACAAUGAGUAACGAGGAUUUGAAGGAACUCUUGUCAAAAUUCUUGGAGGAGAGGAGGUAUAUCAUAGUGCUUGAUGAUAUUUGGAAAAUAGAAGUUUGGGAUGAUCUCAAAGCAGCCUUUCCAGAUCCUGAGAAUGGAAGUAGGAUAGUGUUAACUACCCGUUUCAAAGAUAUUGCUUUACAUGCCGAUCCAAGAAGCCCGCCACACGAGCUAUGCCUUCUUAGUGAUGAAGAUAGCUGGAAAUUGUUGUCCAAAAAGGUGUGCCUAGAAUGGAACUCCACAAGAACUUUACCUCCAUGGUCUGAAGAGCUUGGCAGGCAGAUUGUGAAAAAGUGUGGGGGCUUACCUCUUGCUAUUGUAGUAUUGGGAGGUCUCCUGUCCAGAAAAGAAGCAUCCUACAGUGAGUGGCUCAAAGUGUUGCAGAGUGUGCAUUGGCAGCUAACACAAGACCCAACUCUAUGUGCUGACAUCUUAGCAUUAAGCUAUCACGACUUACCAUUCUACUUGAAACCAUGUUUUCUCUACUUGGGUCUUUUUCCUGAAGACUUUGAGAUUUCGGCCAGGAGGUUGAUCUUGUUAUGGGUCGCAGAGGGAUUUGUACAGCCAAGAGGCCAAGAACCAUUGGAAGAUGUUGCAGAGGAUUACUUGGAGGAACUAAUAGGAAGGAGUAUGAUUCAGGUUGCAGCUAGGAAAUCAAAUGGAAGAAUUAAAACAUGCAGUAUACAUGACCUUUUAAGGGAAUUUGCAAUGUCAAAAGCUAAGGAGGAUCGAUUUCUUGAAGUCAUUCAUCAGGAUGUCAAACUUAAGUCCUUUACAAGAGGUCGUCAUCUUUCUGUACACUGCAGAGUUUCCCCUGCAUUAAAAAACACUUCAAAGGUCCGCUCCUUACUGUGCUUUGACCUUGAUGAACCCGUUUUCAGAGAAAUGAAGAAAUUCAAACUCCUGCGAGUUCUUGACUUAGAAGGCAUUCAUAUAGCUAGGCUUGACUCAGCUAUUGGAAAGCUUGUUCAUUUGAGGUAUUUGGGGUUAAGAGGUACAUGGCUAAAAACACUCCCUUCAUCAGUUUGCUAUCUUGUGAAAUUGCAGACUUUAGAUCUGAGAUCAACUUUAGUCAGUCCUAUUCCUGCUGUGGUUAUCAAACUGCAGCAACUAAGACACCUAUUUUUCAAUGAACUUAGGGAGAUUGUGCCAAGCCCACCACCCUCUAGAACAUUUCUUCCAAAUCUCCAAACCUUACAUGGGUUGUCCAUUAAUGGGACUGAAAGUGUAGAGAAUGUUUUAAACAAGCUAACCAACCUGAGAGAACUAGGAUUGUGCGGAGAACUAAAGUUGCAAGAAAAAGCUUUAGGCAUGUGGAUUUUGAACCUGAAGGGUCUCCAUUGUUUGAAGUUGCACGCAAGAGGAUUAUGUCCUCCUGCUGCAGCCAUCCCAAAGUUGGAUUUUUCAUCUCACACUCAUCUCCACAAGCUGCAUUUAGUAGGACUUGUGAAUAAGACACAAAAGUUUCCACCAAACCUCACCGAGCUGUCCUUAAAAAACUCCUUUUUGACUGAAGACCCCAUGGAGAAGCUGGAGAAGCUGCCAAACCUGAGAGUUCUGAAAUUGAAGCAGUCAUCAUAUGUUGGAAAAGAAAUGAUUUGCAGUAGCGGUGGUUUUCCACAACUGCAGAUCUUGAAACUUUCUUUUCUUUUCAUAGUAGAGAGGUGGCAAAUAGCAGAAAAGGCAAUGUGCAGUCUGAGAGAAUUAGAGAUUGUUGAAUGCAAGCGGUUGAAGAUUGUUCCAAGAGGACUAUGGCCAGUAAGUAGUCUUUGCAGUUUAAGAUUGGGAUAUAUGCCUGCUGAUAUUGAAAUGAAGAUUCAAGAACGUCAGGGUGAAAACUGGUAUAGAAUUAAGCAUUCACUUCCAUUUUGAGGAAAACAUCUUUGCUACAGACUUGAGUCAUAUGUAUCUUAGCUUUACUAUUGUUUUGGUUUUAUCCCCAUGUUAUUGCCUUUUUCUUUUCUUGGCAAGUAAUGUUUUCAAUUACCUUAGAACAAAUAAUUAAACAAGUUGUAGGAAUAAGAUUUCUGGCAGGCAAGGAGAUGAGUUGAUCUCAUGUUCUCUUGCUCAAAGAACUGCUGCGUUUACGGA